GCUGUGCUGCACACACGUCAAAAUGUCUCGACUGACUCUGCCGUUGUGAUAAGUUGGAGCGCAACUUUUUGUAUACAUGGACAGGAGGCGAGCGUUCCAGCCAACCAAAAGGAGACGGGAAUCCCUUCACGUGCCUUUUGCCCUGCUUCUGGCCCACACGAACGAAAAAAACAGGUCUUAUCCUCCUUAUGUGGCUGGGUGGGGCAAGGUCUUGUGACUUUAUAAGGUCCACUAAAAAGGUACAUAAUAUUGGGACAAUGAUAGAUUGGUGGAUUCAUUUUUUUUCUUUCAAUUAUUGCCUUAAUAUUCUUCCAGCAGGUUUUUUCGGUGGUUGGACUGGCCGAAAAAUGAUAAAUGUCUGAUUAUUAUUAGGUUAUGCAGAUGGAGUGCAUUUCUCUGCUCUGUUGCUGCGCUUUCAUUUCUGGGAUUGUUUUAUUGUGGUAGGCACGUUUGCCCCAUUACCCCCACACGCCUCAGGAGGAAACCCUACUGCUUCCGGCUAAAGUUCGACGUGCUGCUCUGCGGCUAUGACAUUGUUGUUAUGAUGCUGGUGGUCGUCGUCCUUGCAAGAUGAAGUUGUUGUUCACGAUCUCUCUUUUGAUACUGCGUUCCAGCGAAGGUACAACAAGGUAGACAAGAUACGCCUAAUAUUGCCAGACACUAUUAUACCUUCGUCGUAUCACGUUACCUGGAUUAAACGUAAAAUGAGGUAAUGAAUGAGGUGUGCGGAUUGGAUUUGAUUUUAGUCCGUAGUAGUGUAGGCUCACAGCGCAAGAUGGCGUGGUUGCCUAGUUACCACUUUAUUUCAGACGACGCCAUUUUCGUUAUUCAUUAAUUUGCACGUGUUUCGGAAAAAUUAUUCAAUAUUCAUAGUCCACAUGCCAGAGCUUAUCUCAGUUUGAUUUGCCAAGGCCAAGGCAAUAUUGCUAAAUUUAAAUUUUACUUAUGAAAAGACAUCCACCAUUUCCUGCCUCAACUGAUACUUUCCUUGCUUCAAUAUCGUUAACUCAAAUCAGUUGUCGAUGUCGAAGUGCCUAGCUAGGUGAUUAUUGUAACUCGCUUUCAUUAUGAAAGUCAGUGAUAAAAGUAUUCACAUUUCUGUUUCUCUUUUGCAGAUGGUAUGAAAUGCACAACCAGUUAAAUGGAAUUGAAAAGACUUGUGUUGCAAGAACUGGGUUCACCUUAAGAAUUAGUAAAAAAAAAUAAACACCUGGAUAACUUGUUUCAUGGCGCAGGAAAAUGGCUUGAGAUCAUGCUAUAACAUUUGUAAUUCCUUUGAACACUUUCUCUAUCGUCACUUUACUUCUGUCAUCAUUCUUAAUACUAGAAGCCUUAAAUAGUUCCUUGAAGAACUUAAUCUCAAAGUUUUACCCCUACUCUAGUAGGCGGGUGCCUAAUGGUUCAAGAAAUUUUGAAUGAGGAUGUUAGUCUCAUUAGUCUUUCAACUGCACAUACCACUUUACAUUUCCUUUGAUUGUGACGAAAUAAUUGAAUUUAACUUUUUAAUUUCAGGUUGUGAACGAGUCAAGAGAAUUCGGGAAUUUUUGCCGCCACACCUAAUCAUCCUUGUGCCCUCCGUUACAUCACAUCGGUAUCCUCAGCAGUGGUGGACGCACCAACGCGUCCGUCAAAACCCACCCAGCCGACACUUCCCUGCAAGCCAACAACAACGUGAAUCCCGAGCAAAAUCGACAAAGCGGAGACUAUAAAAUCGAUGAAUGAUUAUUUGUCAUCGACAGGAAAUCUCGGAGACGGAAGGGAUGUCUCCGUCCCUGUUUGCCGAUUGUGAAAAAGUUGGAUUUACAUUUAAGUCCAGUGCGAAUGGAUGAUCCUCCGAGGUGGACAUAGCAGAAGCAAUUUCAAUCGAUAGGAACACUGACGGCGGGCGUUUAAAAGACGACUCAUUUCGUCGUUGGAUUUAUAAGCCUCCCAAUCCUUCGUAGAAAAUGAAGUUCUUUCCGAUUGUUCUCAUUUUGGCUGUCGUCUGCCUGGCUGUCGCCGCUGGGGAAGCCCGUGACGAAAUGUGCAAUUCCCAGAAGACGCCAACCAAGUUGAUAGCGAGAAGAACCUGGCCCAGUCAAAUUGCCACGACGACGGCCAAACCGACAACCGUAAACCCAUCGACGACGACAGCACCAACUACUGCCACAACUACAACAACCAUGGCAACAACAACUCCUUUGCCGAUUCUUUUUAAUUGCUCCGUUCAUAAUCCAGCGUGCGGAAACAUGUGCACCAAUUUGACGUCAUCGGGAGGUGUUGUCCAAUCUCCCAACUUCCCCGGCGACUACGGGAAUAACGAUAUGAGAUGCGAAGUCAGCAUUACCGCACAAGCAGAUUUGAUGAUCCAAUUGAAAUUCACAACCUUCAAUGUGGAGACGGGCAAUGCUUUUCUCUAUGUUAGCGAUGGUGUAACAAUUCUAUCGCAUCCGACCGGAAACACAAUUCCUGCCCUAGUCCCCGCAACAACAAAAAAAUUGGUCAUCCUCUUUACCUUCAAUCGCAGUAAUAAACCCAGCAGCGCAACCUACAAUUGGCAGGCGACUUUUUCUGUGACGAGCCAAGGGAGUUCUUGUUCCGUUUUCAAUCCUGCUUGUGGAAGUAUGUGCACCAACGUGACGUCAGAGGGUACCGGUGUUGUCCAGUCUUCCAACUUCCCCGGUGACUACGGGAAUGAGGACAGGCAAUGCCAAGUCUCUAUUGUCGUGCCAGCAGGAAAGAGAAUCCAGUUGACAUUCACUACCUUCAAUUUGGAGGCUGGCUACAGUUCUAUUAAUGUUCUCGAAAGUGGCAAGAUUUAUAUGUUCGGUGUAACCGGAAGUGCAAUUCCUGCAGUAGUCGCAACAUCAGCCAACAUAGUUUAUUUGCAGUUUGAUAACCGUGCCAGUACUAAACCCAACACCGCAACAUAUAAUUGGCAGGCAACUUACACUGCUGUGGCGGUGUAGAUGCAACAAGUACAACACCUCGAACGACCGAUGAAAUAAAUCGCUUCACUUUUCUUUUUAUGGAAGCAAAUCUAUUUAGUCGUGAUUCAACGAAUCUUUGAAGAUACAACAAACUUCCAGCAGCAUUUACAACAACAAUCAGCAUACCAUUGACACUCCAUGUGCCUUAACACAUUUGGACACAGCGCCGUAAUUUCAAAUUAUAUUCAAAUUCAUCUCUUUAUUUUAUUAUAAUUAUUCAUUGGAAAAAAUAAAUAAAUUGAUUUAGUCCCAAACUGUUAGCACUUUAGGUACUCCAUUAAACUACGUGAGGCGACGCAGUUCCGCUCGUCCGUCAAGUUGUGCUGACGGUCUAGUAACGAACAGUAAAAUAUUUCGAGAUCCUUCCAAGGACCCGUUUUUUAUCCCAUAUAAAAUUAUUUGAAAGAAACAGAUUAUAAUUGUGUUAAUCUUGUCGUUUAAGCUCCCCUUCUUUCCUUGCCGUUGUUGCGUCGUUAGACACUUGAGACACGUGUUGCUUUACGUUCGUGCAAGAUCUGCUGCCCGAGUGGAGUUUUGGUAGUUGGAAAGUGUUUCGAUUUUAAUGGCGACUGGCGAGCAGCAAUCUUUGUGUUCCCUGGCAGCCAAAAAUGUGACAAUUCGGGAGAAAACGAUAUAUGUGCGAUGAAUGCUCUUUUUUUACUUAAAUAAUUUUUCCAUUAUUUGUUUUAGGUGGAAUUUAAAUGGAAGCGCGAAGUCAACGUGACAGAACAACUUGUCGAGAGGAUUGGCAAGUGGUUGCUUUUUUCGCUUGGGUUCAACCGGUCCUCCACUUAAAUCUUUAUCGUGAUGGACUGGCACACUGUACGCUGGCGGAAGAAAAUUUGCUGCUGCAAAUGACAGGAUGUUCGUCCCUCUUGCAUUCUCGGAGAAGUGCCUAACUGGACGGAGGACGAUCCUGUAGGCGUUCAACAGUUCUACAGUGGCAACUGUACGUUCCAUCCUGUGUCGGCGUGGAGUUGCGAAGGCUGUUGACUGGCGUCGAGCAGUUGGUUCCUCAUUUAGUCACCGAGAGGUCAGUACUAUUUGUAUUUCCCCACAUUUUAUGGCAAAAAAUUGAAAUUUAUUUAUUGUAUAAAUUCACAUUGAAAUGUGGGAGCUAUAAUAAGAGUCAUGCAAAAUUAGGU